AUGGCUCCUCUCAACCCUCAUCGGCAGGCGUUCUUCGCCAUAAGAGCGCGCGCUACAAUGGAUCCCGAUUUCCAGUCCCGUCGCAACCCACAUGAGCGUCGUCGUCGCGCCCUUGCUAAGCUAGAUGAAGCUCCCUUUAGCUGGCCACAUAUUCACACCGUUAUCAUCGCCGGACUUGGGCUCUUCACUAGUGCUUAUGAAAUUUUCGCCAUCAAUAUGGCGGUCACCAUGCUCGGCAUUGUCUAUUGGCAGGGGAAAGACUCUGGUUCUGGUAAAGUUCCUUUCAGUAUUGAAGCUGCUAUCAAGGUCGCUACUCUUUCUGGUGCUGCGAUCGGACAUCCCCUCUUCGGUUGGCUCGCAGACCGUAUUGGCCGCAGACGCGUGUACGGCUAUGGACUGGUGGUCAUUAUUUUCACUACUCUGGGUCAAGUUGUGUCCUCUUCCUCUCGUUCCCUUACUAUGAGUGGUCUUUUGAUCUUCUGGCGAGUGGUCAUGGGUGUUGGAAUUGGCGGCAACUAUCCUGUUACUUCCUUGAUUACUUCUGAAUUUGCUACUACCAAGUGGCGUGGUGCCACGAUGGGUGCCGUCUUGGCUAUACAGGGUUUUGGCCAAUUUGCAGCCGUCAUAGUCGCCCUCGUUGUCACCGUUGGUUUCAAGCAAUCCCUGGAAAGUGCCAAGGAUAUUUCUCACUGCACCGACGCUUGCCAGCUCGCUGUAGACAAGAUGUGGCGUUUUACCAUCGGACUAGGGGCUAUUCCCGCCUGUUUUGCCCUCUUUUACCGUCUGGCGAUUCCGGAGACACCGCGUUUUAGCUUUGAUGUCACUCGCGAUAUAAUUAAGGCCGAUAAGGAUGUUCGUGCGUACCUGAGAAAACGGAACGAGACCGGCAUAAGGGAGCCACUUUACACCCCUCCUGUACAGAUUGGUAUCCCCGACUUUGGUCCCAAGGCUAGCUGGUCCGAUUUCUACAGUCACUACUCCCAGUGGAAGCAUGGGAAGGUUCUCCUUGGUACAACAGCCUCCUGGCUUUUCCUUGGCAUUGCAUUUUAUGGUCUUGAUCUGAAUAACUCCAUUACCAUCGGUGCUAUUAAUUGGACUAAUGCUAACAAUAUUUACGAAAUUUUGUACCGAGAUGCUGUCAGAAACCUCACCCUGAUCUGCGGUGGUUCCAUCCCCGGAUAUUUGGUUACCAUCGCUACCGUUGACAAAAUCGGACGCAAGCGUAUUCAGCUUCUGGGAUUCCUUAUGCUCUCUGCCCUUUUCGCCGUUAUUGGCCUUGCUAACCUGGACCUGAAUGACAGUAGCCUACUAGCCCUUUACGCUUUGACACAAUUUUGUUUCAAUUUCGGACCCUAUGCAACCAUUUUCAUCUUGCCCGGCGAGUGCUUCCCAACCCGCUAUCGUGGUACCGCCCAUGGAAUCAGUGCAGCCGUCGGUAUGAUUGGAGCCCUUAUCGCGCAGUGUGUCUUUCUUCCUCUUGUUUACCAUGGUGCAAAGACACCUGGUGAUGCGCCCUGGCUCAAUCAUGUUAUGGUAAUCUUCUCCGGGUUUAUGCUUUGCGGUUUCGCAACCACCUUCUUAAUUCCGGAGACCAGGCGUCAGAGCCUGGAGGUGCUUUGUGGAGAGGUGGACCCGCCCCCCCAAACCCAGUAUGCAUACGCCGGAGAUGAAAUCCCACUUCAAGAGAUGGGCCCUUAG